AGCAAGUGCAUUCGUUGCACGAUGUAUCGUUAAAGAGAAUUUACCUUUUCCCGCGAUAUACGUUGUUUUCAUGAAGAUUCCGCGGAAGAAGUUUUAUACGAAUUCAGUUCCGUACGAGUAGCUCUGUAACAACGGAAACAACGACGGAUUAAAAAAGAUGUCCAGUUCGUAUGUCAUUGAGCCACAAGAGAGUGGAUCAGAGAAGAAGGAUGACACUUUGAUCAUUGUUGUCAAUGAUGAUGGUACAAUAUCUGUCGAUCAAGAGACUUUACAGAGUUUGAUCAUGAAUCAGUCCAAUGCUAAUGUUAGCGUUGUAAGAGUUGGACCAGCUGAAACAGACACAGGGAAUGGAGAUAUAACUUUGACCGUGGACCCUCCACCUUUUACAUCCACUACUGUAACUUCAGGUGGCUCAGCCACAGACACUAAUAGUUUGGUUGAUCCUUUUAUGGAGAUGGACCCGGAACAACUGGAAAGAUUAGAGACAGCUUUACAAAGCGAAGAAGCAAAACAAAUUCUUGGAGAAAAUGUUACUGCGAUGCUCGAUAUGUUAACAGUGGAAGAACAGCAGAACUCUAUACGGUAUAGCGUAGAACUGGAUCAUUGCUACACUAGCCGAUUAUCACCAUCUGAUCCAAAACCGAGAGAUCCUUUGCCUACCACUGAUUCUCCAACAUCCAGUGAUAACGUGCAGUAUGGUCAUCAACCUUCUCCUGGUCAUGGUACACCCAAUACAGUGUCACCUGUUGGAGACACGGAUAGCACAGUCACAACCAAGCCAAAGAGCAUCAUAAAAACUGGUAAACCCGUAGGUCGUCCACGGAAGAAUGUCUCACCGGCUUCUUCUAUAACGGCGUGCAACAACUCAAGACCAUCUGCCAAUAUAACAACUACACCAAAGUCUACGGGACAAUCGGCCUCUAGAAAUUUAACAGGGACGAUACACCAGGGACUCGGACGACAUCAAGGAAGGUCCAACGAUGAGGAUGAAGACGAACCAACAUCGUCGUCUACCGAAUCGUCCGAGUCGGAACCACCGUCAGACAACGAUUCUGAUUUUGGACCUCGGGGACCUAGAAGAGGCGGUAUAAGAGCCAGAGGUGGUAGAAAAGGUCUUACUACUAGAGGAGGAAGUAUGGCGGCCACUCGUAAACGAGGUUCGAAUAAACAAAUGGAUAUAGAACAAGUUCGUAGAUUAGACAUGGAAAUGGCUGCAGCAGUAAAUGCUAUGAAGAGCCCGGAGAAAGAUGAAAAAUCUGGAGGAUUUACUGUCGUCAGAGGUAAAAGACAGUAUAAAUCCAUUGUUGGGAGAAAAAAGGAAGAAUCGCAACGCGUUGAAUCAUCCGCAACAGUCACGAACGAGGAUACACCGCUUGCGUUCGAAAAACCGUUGCAAACGACAAAUCAAGUGAAAGCCAAUUUGAUUAAUGCCAAUAUGAUUAAAGGUGAUAUGAUUCUUACAAAGCCGGGGCAAGGAAAGAACAGUCCGAAAGUUACUUUUGUUCAAAAACAAGUACUUAUGAAAUCGAACGAUCUCAGAAGCGUAGACUCGAAAAAACAGGUGAUGUUUCCCAAAGGAAAAUUUAUCAGUCAAACUGGGACGAAAAUUUUUGCCACCAAAGACGGCAAAUUGCUUCAAGUACCGAUCACAACUAAAGCUAUAACUUCGAACGUACCGAUCACUCAGAUGAAAAGUACGCUACCCCAAGUUCUAUCUACACAACAGUCGACCGUGAGUCAAAACCAAACACCGUACGUACAACAACAGCCGCAACAACAACAACAACCACAACAACAGCAGCAGUCAAUAAAAAUAACUUCACCUGGUAGCAUAUCAAAAAUAAAGCCUUGCGACGUGAAAAAAGAGAAAAAGAAAUCUGAGAGUUUCGAAGUGAUUACCAAAUCCGAAAUCGAGUCUGGCAAAGCUGCUGAGUGCAAAGUUUUGGACGGUACAAAAAAACACCCAAAAAAAGAAACCCGUAAAUCACCGGCGUAUAUGGUGGACAGUCUAGGGCCUGCGCUUUUCUCGACUCCCGACAUUAUUCGUAGAGUCGGUUCAAACGGAGAUACGACAAAAAUUCAAGAAAAUAUAGUGACAUCCUUAAUUUCCACGACUCCAACUAUAAACACUACCACCACAGGCGCUACGAGUUCUUUUGCGACAACGAGCCAAGUUUCUACAUCAUCGUCUUCGUCAUCUAGCCGCUCAAGCAUCAGUGGCUCUUCGCAAUCUGAACGAAUUAUUCAUUCAGAGUCUCACGUACACGUGGAGAAAGGAGAAAAUGAUGAUGCAUUGGCACAUCAUAGUAACGAGGAGGAACCUAAACCGGAUAUAAAAACUAAUGCGCCAGAGGAGUUACAGUCUACUUUAGAUUCAGGCGGCAUAGAAGGCGAGGAACAUUUGCUGGCUACGUUGGAAAUGGAGGCCAGUAAAAACGAGGAGGAACUACUUGCAGAAGCGCUUAUGUUACAAGACGAACUUGGAGUCGUCUUGGCUGAUCAUGGCGCACUUGUCGAACAAGAGAGAGGUGCAACGUCCGAGUCAUUGCCCGCGAACAAUGUGCUUGUUCCGUCCUUGCUCACAUCUGAUCAAGAAACGGUAAAACCAUUGGAUACUUCGACGACAGUAAUGGCGGCAGCUGUAGCGAGUGCUUCGCCCAUUGUAACAACACCCACGGCAAGCGUAGCACGGGAGUCUGUAAAAAAAUCCACGAAAGAUGAGAAGGAACCUAUUCAAAUUAUUCGUGGUGGUAGAAUAAUCACGUUGCCUCCUAUCGAGGCACCAGCUACUAGAAGUAAACGGUUGCAAGAAAAGGUCGAACCUGCUCAGAGAAGCGCGGAGCCCGUGAAACAAACGGAAAAGUUCAGUGUGCAAACAGUACAGCAAAGAUCAGCGCAAACGCUCAAAAACGAAACACACUCGAACGUUAUAGAACAAGAUGAAGAAAAUGAAACUGAGGAUAUAAUUGAAGACGAGGAAGAUGUGGAUGAGGAGGAAGAGGAAGGUGGUCAGAUGGGCGAGGAGGAGGAGGAAGAGGAGGAUGACGAACAACAGAAGCCGGAUGGAGUGAUAGAGGAGGAAGACGAGGACGGAGACGAGGAUGUGGAGGAAGAGGAGGAGGAUAAUUCAGACUCAGAAGAUGAUCCUGACAGGCUAUGGUGUAUAUGCAAACGACCGCAUAACAAUCGUUUUAUGAUUUGUUGCGACGUGUGCGAGGAUUGGUUUCACGGGAAAUGCGUACAUGUUAGCAAAGCUAUGGGUCAACAAAUGGAAGAGAAAGGAAUUGAAUGGGUUUGUCCAAAUUGCUUAAAGAAGAAGGACGAAGAAAUUAAAACUAAGACGAACGCGCCCAGUGCACCUGCAAAGCAACGAAUUCAAUCCAGUGUUGUAGCCGACAAUACUAUCGCUGUAAAGAGUCUUGCAUCUUCCAAUCAGGCGUCGGUUGUCGGUGAAACUUUGUCUUUGAUUCCGUCUGAUUCCGAUUACGGCAGUGUUCAAUAUUCCAGCAGUAUGCAAUGCGUUGUUUGUAAGAAAGAAGCACGAAAUUCUAGCAUUUAUUGUUCCGACGCUUGUAUACUCGCGCACGCCCAAGAAACACUCACCAAAGAUAAACCACCAGCGGCGGGAUCAACGGCAAGCCCAAAAGGAACAACGAGGAUGUUGCCGUUCGAUACAUCCACGAAGACUAAACCUGAAGCUAGAGUUAUAGUUUUCGAAAGGAAAACCGGAAAGGUGUUGAGUGGUGUCGAUGCACCGACGAGAUCAAAUUUGCGUACGUGGUUAAAAGAAAACCCAACGUUCGAGGUGGUUGGGGCGAAUAAUCUCAGUACGUUGCAGAUAGGGAAAACAAUUACUACAACGAUUCAUACACAAUUGCCUAGCAAGACCGUGAAAUCCACGCUGUUACCACCUGGAAAAACACAAAAUAUUCCUCCGAAGAUGACGUACGCGAAGGUACCAGGUUCGAAGCAAAUGAUUUUAACGGCGGGAAAUAAAAAAUAUACAGUAAUUUCUACCGGACAUCAUCAGCAACAGCAGCAGCAUCAACAGCAACAAAUACAAGUGACGAAUACAAAACCAGUACAAAUGAAGCAAACGUUACUCGCUCAAACAAGUAGAGGCCCUUUGAUACUGAAAACAACGGUACCAAAACCAACAACUCCGGCACAAUUAAAGCAACAGGGUGCGCCAUCGCCAAAACAGUUGCAAACUGUAAAGAAACAAGAAGCGAAACAACCAGCUGUACAGUCGAAACAGCCAGUAAAGCCAAUGCCAGUGAAGAAACCCGAAACCGAACCUAUACGAUUAAAUAUAAGAAAAACAUUAACGGAAUUAUUAUCAAGUCGUAUAAAAGAAACCGAAGAUUUGAAGCUAAGCGACGAAGAAAUCGCAGAACUGGCCUUCAACAUCGAAUUAGAGAUGUAUAAAUACUUCAAAGAUACCGGAGCAAAGUACAAAGCUAAAUACAGAAGUCUGGUGUUCAACAUAAAAGAUACGAAAAACUUGACGUUAUUUAGAAAAAUAGCCGACAGAUCGUUAACUCCCGACGCGGUGGUAAAACUAAGUCCCGAUGAAAUGGCCAGCCAGGAAUUGGCCGAGUGGCGAGAAAAGGAAACGAAGCAUCAGCUGGAAAUGAUCAAGAAAAACGAGUUAGAUUUAAUGGCGCAGGCGAAGUCUAUCGUUGUGAAAACACACAAGGGUGAACAAAUUAUUGAGAACGACGGGGGCAUCGAUCACGUCGAUCCUAAAACUCCCGUGCAAGACAUUGUAACUGCAUUGAAUAGCGCGGACAGUAUAACAUCAACGGUGGAUGACGCGGAGAAGGAGAGUGAAAAAACGAAUGAGGAGGAACGAUCGAGAAUGAAGGACGAUACGAAGAAAUUGAAAGGUUUCGAUGAGAAGAGAAGGAAAGAGAAAGAAAAGGAGAAAGAGAGGGGCCGCGAGAAGGUGAAAGAGAAGGAGAGGGGAAGGGAGAAAGAGAAUAGUCGUUCGAAAGGGGUUGGCAGACGUGACAGAAGUACCAGCAGAAACAGACAUAAGCAUGGUAGGGAUGACAGAGAGCGCAGCAAAACCAGAGAGAAAAGCAGGGAAAGAAAAUCUCGGGAAAAGGAUAGCAAACGUGAAAAAGAGAAGGAGCGUGAUCGUUCGAGAACCAGGGAUCGUGACAGAUCGAAGGUUCGUGAAAGAGGCGGCAAAGAUAGGAGUAAGCAGAAAGAGAAAGAGAAAGAUAGGGAAAAGGAACGCGAACGACACAAAGGUAGCGAGAACAACUUCAGGAAUCGUAGCGUUGGUGGGUUCAUGUAUUUCGCCGAAUCGAAGGAAGCUGAUAAAAAGGAGGAGGACAAGAAGAGGGACACAGAGAAGAAAGAUGACCUCGCUGGUUUAGCCGGAGCAUCGACAGAGAAGUCGAUCGAAGAUCGUCUUUGGCGACACAUCGAGGAUGAGGCCACCACUAAUACAAUUGACGGGAAUGAUUCCGACGUAUCCGAUAGGGAGCCAACUUCGACCGUCACGAUAAAAACGCCAGACAUUAACGACGAAAUCGACAGGGAUAGGGAACAGGAGCCGAGUACCGUCGAAAGGGACGCAUCGAAAGGGGGCGGAUGGCAGACAGUCUGGAGAGGCUUCGUUAACAUGGUGGACGUUGCAAAAUUUUUCAUCACCGCGCAGGAAGUCAGCGGUCAUGCGAAAGAUUUGAUGGACGAUUUGCCGGAUACGGUGGACGUUGUUGGUAGGAUAAGCCACGAAACUGUUUGGGAUUACAUCUCGAAGAUGAAGAAAACCGGCUCGAAAGAAAUUUUAGUGAUUCGUCUUACCGCGGCCAACGACGAGGAAAAAAUUCCGUAUAUAACUCUCUAUAGUUAUUUGAACAGCAGAAGUCGACUCGGAGUUGUUGGAAAUGUAUCGAAGAACAUCAAGGACUUUUAUAUAAUGCCUUUUUCGAGCCAGAGCACAAUACCACCGGUUCUGUUACCUUUAAACGGUCCCGGUUUCGAAGAGCACAGGCCGCAUCUUCUGCUAGGAAUAAUCGUUCGUAACAAGAGGAAACGAUUUGCCGGCAUCUCCUCGAACACUAUACCGAUGAAACUGGCGAAAAAGGACACUGAUCGAAGUUACACUCCGCCGUUGGUUGGCGGUUCGAAAGACAAGGCAAGUAGUUCUAAUGCGACGACAAUGGUCGGAGGUACGAUUACGGCUACAACAACUCCAAUUGUUGCUGCUUCAUCUGCCUCGCCCACCAUCGCAACGGUCACCAGUAUCUAUCACAAAGCUGCAAUGGACUCUGCGAAGGAGAAGCAACAUCCUGUCACGCAGACCACUCUCGAUACGUUGAACAAAGCGCACAUUGGGAUGUCGAGAAGCUCAAUACUCGACACCGCGGCUAUAUGCAAAAUCGUUCCGGAAUUGUCGUCGAAGAUCGACCUGACUUCCUCGCCUGGUAAAGUACCGAUCGACGACGACGGCGACGAGCCCUACAGCCCCGGUCAAAUGGACGAGGAACAGAUUGAUCUUGACUUACGAACCGCUUCCACAACUUCCUCUGCUACCACGACCAACAUAUCGUCAAUAUCAAUGGCAAUUGGCGGAGUCGACGGGCCGACAGUUGAUAACGGUAUUAUUUCUUCCAGUAAAAAUUCUAACGAGCUUCAACGGAAAAUGGAGGAAUUAAAUCGGCAAAUCGAAGAACAGAAGCAACAAAUACAAAGCAUUAGUUCUUCGUUUCUCGGCGAAUCAACGUCUACUUUGCCGGGCCUAGGGCUGGACCCACCGGUCAGCGACGAGUGCGAGGAAGCUUACAGCCCCCCAGACACAAGAUCAUUCACACCACCACCGCCGUCUGGUAUUUCGAAAUUCACACAACCGAUUCUGGACAAAGUAUCGAAUAUAACGAUACCACCGAAUCUACAAGAGAUUCUGGCGAACGUGAAGCGACAAGAGAGCUCCAAAGUAGAUCCGUAUUUACCGUCGAAGCCUAGUGCUACUUUCUUAACCACUGUCAACUCGUCGGGCUACCAGAAUUCAGAAAAGUAUUCCUCAGCAUCCCCUGCGAAGCUUUCGAUCAGCGGAUCGAAUAACUUCGAUUCCGAAAGUUCUUCAUUCGAGUCGACUGGUCAACGAGAGUCUAUCUCGAAGGAGAAAGAAAAUAAGAGUACAUUGAGUUCUUUAAGCGAUUUGGAUUUAAUUAAAAAAGCGGAAGAAGAACUGGCCGCUGUUGCAGCCGUAGCGGCUGCCACGAGCGCAACAGCGUCACAAGGAGGCAUAACGACCGACCAUCCCAUUCAGCCGAUUAUAUCCACAACUCCAAAACUUCCAACGAUCGCGGCGAGUCCCUCCCCAGCGAUAAUUUCAAUGUCUACGAAUCUCACGGGUUUAGUUUCGGUAACAGAUCCUCCUCACGAGGGAACUACAUAUAAAAGCCCUUACCCAGAACCGUUCAAACGUAACUUGGCCCCCGAGCAGCCAAAACCCCCUGGCCUCGAAGACGAGGAUUUCCCCCCAUUCCCAUCCACACCCCCAAAUGUAGAAGGUAAUAUGGCUAGGACGACAUCGUUUCGUUCAAAGUUCGUUCCGAAAAGUGGUAUAAUAUUGAGCGUCAAAAGGAAGAUGAACGAUGACAGUGCCACCGCUGCCGCCACCGCCGCUUCUUCGUGUCCUUCCAAUAAAAUGCAAAGAGUAAAGUCACGUUGGGGUCAGGGCCCCUCGGAUUCGAUUGAUUAAGAACUGCCCAUGGGCGUGAAAGAAGAGCCUUCUUUCACGACGAAGUGAAACUGAAGCUUUUUAAUACACACGAUAAGACGCAAUCGACUUACAAAGUCAACCAUCAAUUUGAUAGGCCAAAGCUCUUAUCGCCCAGGCUUCUCACCGGUCUGAUGAAAGCUGCGACCGAAUUUCGAGAAAUUCCGGUGGGAAACUCUUAAAUCGAGACUCGAUGAAUGAUCAGAGAUUCAUAUUGGUCGGAUUCUCGUACCAAACGAAGACAUUUGGUAUUUUCCGUGUAUUAUUAAUAUGAUAAUACGCAGAGAUUAGCCCGUUUCACAGGUUGGUGUAUCAAAACAAUUCCGACGCAUAGGCAUUACUUGUAAAUACCAAAGCGGCGGUGUAACAAACGCCUUAAAUCACACGUCGAACCUACCGUUAACGUGUACAUAGCCGUAUCGUAAAUUCUGUAAUAUAUUGUUUAAAUUCAAUCGAAGGUUAAAAACAUUAUGUAAUACGGUGCAUGCGCCUUAAGCGUACACGCGACCGAUGUAUAUAAAUUAGGAUGUAAGGAUCUACGAACGACCAGUCUCGAUCAGACGAUAGUUUUUUUUUUUUUGUUUUGUUCAAUAACAGUUUUCAGGAAUGAUGAUUCAUCAUAAUACAGCGUGCUGCCCCCCCCCCCCUUUAAACGUAAGGCGAACCACAUUUCUCCCAGAUUUGCAAUUAUUCUUUCGGAAAAUUUCACGUUUGUACAACAGGUGUGUAUAAUCGUAGGUUCUUCCGACACGCAAGCUGUUGAAUCGCAUUAAUUAUUAAGACGAUACGAACAAUGUUUAUUUUACUAUUUUAAUCAGAAUUUCAAAUCUAUGAAAAAUUAACUAAAAAAUAAAUCUCAAUUUUUGUUUUUUAUUCGCUUCGAAUUUUUGACGUACGUCCUGAUCAUUUCUCAGCGACUUGUGCGUAGUUAAUUAAGUUAACGUACGGAACUGGACGUAAUUGUUGCCAUUGUCGAUGCAAUCUUUACGGUUUACACUAUCGGUUUUUCCAGCGAACUUCGAUGAGUUUCUGCCCCCAAUUUUCCUGCUACUCAAAUUUCGCGAUCUAUCGGUAAAGGACCCAAUUGUCUGCCUGUUUUUUACUCGUAUACCGGAGAACGUCUCGACACAUGAUCAGAACUCGCUACGGAUUAUAAUUUUAAGUUGUACCUACAUACAAUAAUUAGCCCCAGCUAUAUACUGUACGUUUUACAUACAACAUGCUACCGAGGAAAAAAAAAAACAUCGUGACUCGAGUGAAAUCGAUCAAUACGCACGACGAUUGUUACA